GUACCUACCACGAUCAUGAUUCCAUAUCGGCCCCAUCAGUUGUCUCUGACUGUACAAAUUGAGUGAGCAUGUUUACAAACUCACUCUACUCUCUUUUUUUAUCCUUGUUCCAAAUGCUCCGCGCACUUGGUCUCUUGGCCUUGUUUGCCGUUGCCGCAGCCACCGCGCUGCCCCUGUCGUCCGACUACGUUCUGACCCCUGCUGGCUACCAGCACUCGUCCUGCGUCCACGGCGUCCCCGCUGGAUCGGAGGUCGUCCGCAGCGACGAGGGCCUGACGCUCAUCCAUCCUGAUGGCACCAUCAUCCGCAAGGACAAGUGCAGCUACCCGACAUUCAACUCGAUGCGCGAGGUCAAGCAAGCUGCUGCUGCUGGUGGUGCUGUUGGUGGCAACCGCGUUCUGAUCAAUGACGAUGGCAAUGUCGAGGAGACGGCGAACGGCUGGCAGGCAUACACCAAGCAGAACGCUGGUAACGUUACUGCCUACCUCGGCACCUUCAACAUCCCUGCCGCGCCCCAGGAUUACAAUGGCCAGACCAUCUUCUUCUUCACCGGCCUGCAGAACAUUGACUGGGUCCCGCCGCAAACCCGCCCGUCCGAGGGCUUUGACAUUAUCCAGCCCGUCGCCCAGUACGGCCCGUCGUCUGCCGGCGGUGGCAACUACUGGACUCUGUCGUCGUGGUACGUCACGCUGGGCACUGGCACGGUGUGGAGCCCGCUGAUCCGCAUCAACGCGAACGACACCAUCUUUGGCAACAUGACCCGCACCGGCCCCGAGUCCUGGUACAUCAACUCGCUCGACCAGACCCUCAACCAGAAGACGGACAUCACCGUGACCAAGUCGCUGCUGACCACCCAGCCUUGGAUCUACAACACGCUCGAAGUUUACGAGCUGAGCAAGUGCACCCACUUCCCCGCCGCCCCCAACAAUGUGCUCAACUUCCGCAACCUCGCCCUCUACGUUUCCGGCCAGCUCACCUCGGCCAACUGGCAGAUUGGCACCGACGGUCAAAACCCACCUCUCUGCUCGGCUGUUGCCAAGAUCAACUCUCCCGUCUCUGUUGACAUUGUGUUUUGAAGAGCUGCAAGGCGUGCAGUGUACUGUCGAGCUGGUGAAAUAAAACAACAGCUUUUGCGUGAACAAUCGC